UAAAAUUAUAGAUCGUUUUAGCUUUUUUAGAUUCGUAUAUGGAACAGUUUGGAAUAGUGCUCCGUUCCAAAUCCAACCCGAACUGUCUCCUUUUUCUUUACAGCAAACGCUCAAAAUUUACUCGUCGCCUAGUACGACCAACCUCCCCGUCCGCCGAUAGAUCCGACGGCCGCGAAGUGGGCGCCAUCCUUGAUCGCCUGAAAGGAACGGCGGAGGAUGGCAACAAGGUUUUCACCACAAAUGAAAAGGGUAAGGCGGGGCGGCGUGGGCCCGGAAGAAUCCCCUCCAUCACCUCCCAGCGAAUGGGGAGGCGGCACCCACGUGAUGAGCUGCCCGCCCCCACAUCCUGACAUGCGCCGAUCCGCCAGAGCGCCGUGUCCCUCUCCUCCCGCGCCCCUAUUUCUACCUCCCCGCCGGCUCUACUCGUCGCGCUCUCCACCGGUCGUCCGCUCGUCCAUCCUCGCUAUCGCUGCCGGACACUCGCUGCCGGACACUCCCGCUGGCAGGUCGCGAAGCACACACGUCCCCGGCCGCCGCGGCUUCAGUUGAGAUCGGAAGGUAGCUAGCGGCUUCGAUCGCCACCCGUCUAUGGACAGGGAGGGGCGGCGGCCGGUCGUCGGCGAAUCGGCGGCGGCCGCGGAGGCCAUGGACGACGACGUCUCCUCGUCUCCGGCGGCGGCGGAGGCCAUGCACGACGACGGCUCCUUGUCUCCGGCGGCGGCGGAGGCCAUGGACGACGACGGCUCCUCGUCUCCGGCGUCGUACAUCAGACUGGUGCAGCAUCUGAUCGAGAAGUGCAUCUGCUACAGCAUGAACAAGGAGGAGUGCAUGGUGACGUUGGAGAAGCACGCCAACAUCCAGCCCGUCAUCACAUCCACCGUUUGGAAGGAGCUGGAGAAGGAGAACAGGGAGUUCUUCGAGACGUACAGGAAGGAGAACAGGGAGUUCUUCGAGACGUACAAGAAGGAUCGGCCGGGAGAAGAGUCGACGCAGAAGAAUCCAUCCGACGAGAAGCCUUCCGCUCCCAAGAGCUCAGAGCCUCAGACGACGACGACGACGACGAGGAGCAGCCUUCCGCUCCCAAGAGCUCAGACGACGACGACGACUAGGACUCGGUCGUAACGAUGGUGCACAGCAGAUGACUAUUACACAGCACGGCCGGCAUGCAGGCGGUACCGUGGUGGCUGUACAGAUCUUUAGCAUGCACGUGGGGCCCUGCACACGCGGCGGGAGAAUGUUCAACCAGCGAGGUGCGAGGACCCCGACCCGUCUGUGUGAAGGAGGACAGGUUCCUGUCUGAAAAAAGACGCGUCGCUCUUGCCCGGUGUCCCCAGCGCGGCGCCCUCCGCGCUCGCCGUGCGGCCGGGCUCCGCCGAUCACACCAGGCCAAAACUAAAGCUCCCGAGAUUUCCCCCCCGCUUCCUUUUCGGCGCCGGGGCGGGAGCGCGACGUCUACGGCGGCCGCGAGCGCCGUGGAGACGGAUGGCCAGCUCCCAGGGGUGCGCGUGCGCGUGCCGCCUUGUUUGGUCGGUAGCGCGGCGGCUUCGAUCGCCUGCAGAGCGUGGGUCCAAGGAUUACGCGUCUCCUGUGUGACCGGUGCUGGCGGAUCGCCAGAUGGGAUGCACCCGCGACGCCAUGCGUCGUCGGCCACACACGAGGUGGCUCGAUCUGGCUUCGGGAGUUAACUGGAAUCAAGUCACCGUCGUCGGCUCCAGCCGGCGGCCGAUCGAUCGCUCCGAUCCGCCCGGGCGACGGCGACGGCCACGGCGACCGUGUCGACGAGUGCGUAGGUGUAUUUAGGCAACGUGAAUUAUACAACGUAUGGAGCUUUCAUACGUAGAGGCCGUCAGGACUCAGGAGCACAGCUGGUGGAACCGACGGAUACGGGAGCUGGCGCUGACGUGCCCGCUUCGUUGGCUGCUGCUGGCCACCGGCCGCGCUGUGGCUGUGGUCUCCCUUCGCCGAUCGUUCCUACCCCAGUGCAUACGGCUGUACGCAUACGUCCUUGUCGGCCUGCCAGAUGGAACUUUCUUUCAGGCACCGGCGCUACCUAGCUUCACGCACGGUUUUCUCACGCUUCUUCUCGUGUGCGCUGCUAUCACACAGAUGCCGGUCUGCAUCGAUGUGGUGCCAUGUGUUGUUUCCCUCGAACAGAAAAGAGAGAAUCUAUCGAGCGCUUCUGUGGUGAAACACAAUAUCCUAGCUAGUUAUGCGUACACACAGUUUUGCUCGUGUGGAACGAGGAAAGUUUAUCAAGCGUAAGCAGGGCCGCCAAACUCCGUGGAAUGGAUCAAUGGGGUUGGCCGGAUUUCCGUCU